CACUGCUGCAGCGAGAUGGGCCACUGCCGGGCCCAGCGUUUCGAAAUGGACGCCAUCAACCAAGCCGUGUACAACACGCAAAAGGCUUCGUACGAAGAGAACUGGGACCGCUACGACUGCUGGCGCCAAAACAAGCCCGACGCCAAGGUCACCGUCUCCGUCAAGGACGAGGAGGAGUACAGCGGCUGCUGCUGCGACGACGACAAGAGCUCCGCCACCAGCACCAAGAAGACCGAGGCUGCGCCCGCGACGACCGCUUCCCUCGUCCCGCCCAGGCCCGCCCUCAGCCGCUCGGACAGCGCAAACUCCGUCUGCUCGACCGCGUCGCGCGCUUCGUUGUGGACGCCGCGCUCCGCGAGCCCUUGCUCCCGGUGCCAGUGUGGCGGGUCGAGCUCGCACCUUUGAGGAGUAAAAGCGUCGUCUGUUUCUUUCUAAAGUUUCGUUUUCGGUGUUUGGGCGUGCGCGUUAGCACUCCGCUUUGCUGGGCCUUGGUCUUUUCUUUUGCAUAUACACACUACGGGCUGCAUCAGCUGCGGCGUCUGGGAGGGGUUUUUGUCGUUUGUUGAUCUUAGAUGUCUUUGAAGCGUAUGAGAGAGAGAGUCGUUGCGGUAAUGACUGGACGAUUAUCGGACGCCCGGUUCUGGCGGGAAAAGG